CUCCCGUGCGCGCCGUACUCCUCGCGUGUGUGUGCGUGAGCACGGCGGCUUGUCAUCAGUUUACCGAGGAAGAGAUGCACGAUGUCAGCACCAAACCAGACUGUGAUGGAAGAACACAGGACUGAUUCGAUGACCGCUGUGUAGAACUGUCUCAGCAGCUCCGGUGGCAGGCCGUGCUUUCUCAGAAGCCGCAGGAAGUACAUCCUCUGCUGGGCCUUUUUGAGGACGGAGUUGAUGUUGGUCGAUGUUGGUCGCCCACUUCAGACAGCGAAUCAAAGGCAUGUUCUACCAUGCCUACAACAGUUACCUGGACAGCGCCUUCCCCUAUGAUGAGCUCCGCCCCCUCACCUGUGAUGGUCAGGACACUUGGGGCAGGUGAAGUCAAAGGUUCCCCUCCAAGUGGUAUUGUUUUACAUCACAUCAUCAUCAUCGCCUGCUCCUUUUCCCUCUGCUUCUUCAGUUUCUCGCUGACGCUCAUCGACGCGCUUGAUACUUUGCUGGUGCUGGGAAACCAAACUGAGUUUCAGCGUGUUGCAUCUCUUCUCCAAGACACAGUCGACUUCAACAUCGACAUCAAUGCCUCAGUCUUUGAGACCAACAUCAGAGUGGUGGGUGGUCUGCUGUCUGCCCACCUGCUCUCAGGCCGGGCCGGUGUGCAGCUGGAGCCCGGCUGGCCAUGUUCAGGACCACUCUUGAGGAUGGCUGAGGACGCCGCCAGGAAACUGCUGCCUGCAUUCGAGACCCCCACCGGAAUGCCGUAUGGCACGGUCAACCUGCUGCGGGGCGUCAGUCCCACUGAGACAUCAGUCACCUGCACCGCCGGCGUGGGAACCUUCAUUCUGGAAUUCUCAACACUGAGCCGACUUACCGGUGACACCACGUUUGAGGACACUGCACGCCGGGCGUUGAGGGCUCUGUGGAAGACCAGGUCGGACAUUGGACUGGUGGGCAAUCACAUCGAUGUGGUCUCCAAAAAGUGGGUGGCGCAGGACGCGGGCAUUGGUGCGGGCGUGGACUCUUACUUUGAGUAUCUGGUGAAGGGUGCCAUCUUGCUGCAGGACGAGGAGCUGCUGCACAUGUUUGACGCCUACGACCGGGCCCUUGAAAACUACACGCGCUUUGAUGACUGGUACUUGUGGGUGCAGAUGCACAAAGGUACUGUGUCCAUGCCCGUCUUCCAGUCCCUGGAGGCCUUCUGGCCCGGCCUGCAGACUUUGCUAGGUAAUCUGGACGGUGCCGUCAGAACCUUCCAGAACUAUUACUCUGUGUGGAGGCAGUUUGGAGGGCUUCCUGAGUUCUACAGCAUCUCUCAGGGCUACCCUGUGGAUAAGAGGGAGGGAUACCCACUCAGACCCGAGUUGAUUGAGAGCGCCAUGUACCUGUUCAGGGCGACGGACGAUCACACAUACCUGCAGCUUGGCCUGGAUGCUGUCGAGUCCGUCGAGCGGAUCGCCAAAACGCCAUGCGGCUAUGCCAGUGUGAAAGACCUGCGAGACCACCAGCUUGACAACAGAAUGGAGUCUUUCUUCCUUGCUGAGACCAUCAAGUAUCUCUACUUACUCUUUGACCCAACCCACUUCCUACACAGCGGCGGGGCAGAGAUGUGGGUUGAAGGUGGGGAGGAUGGCCACUGCAUCCUGAGCUCGGGGGGCUACAUUUUCAACACAGAAGCCCACCCGCUGGAUCCAGCGGCACUCUACUGUUGCAGCUACCACGGCCGCGAGCAACAGGAGCUCAGCGAUAUCCUGCUCGGCCUGUCACAGUCCGCGAAAGAACAUGGUGGCCUAUCAGAAGAUUCUCCUUCACACGGCCAAUCAGAGAGCAUCGCUCUGAAAGUAGGCAAGGGGAAGACGGCACCCCCGCUGUCCUGUCCCGUUCAGCGUUUCAGCACUCGACUCUCUGUCCUGGGUCAAGUUUUCACUGAUAACACCUAACCUCGCGUGUUAUGUGACUUACUCGCUGGAUCUUUGUUUAGUCAAUGAAGAGUACAAUAGAUUUUUAUUUAUCAUGACCUUGUGUGACAUCCUUUGUUUACUUCGUCACCAUGAGGGGGCAGCACUCACCAGGAAAACGUCUGCAUUCUGACCUCAUGCCACACGCUAUCAUCUCAUGUUUUCUCAUUUUCUACUGCUUCCCAUGUCUCCUCAUCUGCUCUGUCCCCAUCCCAUGUGUUUCCAUGUUUGCUGUGUUCUUCCCCUGCACCCUUAUCGCAUGUCUUGGUUUUAUGUGUUCUCAUGACCUCUGUCCACAUCACGUACAUCAGUGUUCCCCAACCUUUGCACCGCGGACCGGUUAGGAGUCUGCAUUUUUCUCACGGACCGGCUGUGGUGACGUGCAUACAUGUAUGCACACACAUACAUACACACACGCUUGCCUCACUUCUGCUUCCUCCUUCACCGUUCGUGGUGCGUCUACUGUGUCUGGCGUACAUCACCUGAACCCUUAUCUCAUGUCUCCUGUGUCCUCAUUCCCUUUAGCCUUACCUCUGUGUCCUCAUCUCUUGUGUCCUCAUCACCUGUACCCUUUAUCUCAUUUCUUGUGUCAAACCCCCCCUCUGACCCUUUUAUGGUUUCCUCCUGAUGACAUGUCCUUCACAUUGUCUCCUUGCCUGGUCUCUUUGGGUUCAGCUUGUACGACGCCAACUGUCAUUUUCGGCAUGUCUUGUUUACCAGUAAGUAAAAACAAAACAAAAAAUGUUCAUACUCUAUAUGUGGCAAACUAACUAGUUAUUAGCAUGAAAAUUACUUUUCAUUCAUUAUUAGCCCCAUUUAGCAACAAGUAGCUUUGAUAAAACCUAUAAAUAUCAAUACUCCACAUUAGAGGCAAUGUCUGGUGAAUCUAUAUCCUUUGCUCUUCAGAGUUCCACAGAGGAGAGCACAGCUAUUGGUGACUGGCUGACUACAACCACUGGCCUAGUAUAUCUCUAAGUGUGCUAUGCACUGUCUGAUAGUCACAUGAUUUCUACACACGAAUUUACACACAAACAUGUUUCUAGAAACUGUAAAUCACAAGUGAAAGCACAUUGUCAACUACCAUGAUUCUUGCUAAAAAUUGUCCCAAAACGUCCAAAUUGUCAUAUGUAAAAAAAAAAAAAAAUGCUGAGCUGUUGCAAAAGCCUUUUUUUUGUUACCAAAACUCAUUUUUACACUAACUUGAAGAAUAGCUGAACGAACUAUUACUCUUGCUGUCAAAACAAGUUAUCCAUCAAUGUUUUUGUGUAUGUAUAGUUAAUAUGAUGAACCAAUUAAACAUUUAUUUCCAGUCAUUACGGCCAUUUGAGGGAAAUUGUAACUACAAUGUGGCCGGUGACGAAAAUUAGUUUAACACCGCUGUGUGUAAAUGUCUGUUAUGUAUGUAAUAAAAAUAGAAAAAAUGGUACCAUAUUCAUUAAUUUUGGUUGAUGGGAUGUGUAUGAGGGAAUUAUUUAAACACGUCCUCGUUGAAACUGCUUUUAUAUGUGGACAUCAGAAAGAAUAGAUGCAAUAUUUGUAACAACGGAAAGCCAAUUUAACAAAUACAAAAUCUAAUCACCAUAAUGUCCUGCUUUACAGGAGAGAGCUGAUAGACGGGAGUUAGAGUAACCACAUAUUGGGAUAAAGAAAUUUCCGUGACGUGACCUCAGUUUCAUGUUUUGACGUCCGCCAUGAAACAUCUGGGGAAGCUCCUCCGACUCUUCACCCCCUGAUCAAUGGCUUGGUGUCAGCCAUAACUGCAGACAGAUGACAAACCUCAUGGACACCAUCUUGAACAAAGGAGUUUUACUCAGCCACACAAAUGUGGAAUGACAUUCGGACAGCUGAUGACCUCCGUGACCCUGGAGAGAACAACAGAUGAUUCCGCCAAAGCCGCCCAUCACCAAUAUACAGUUUGUGGGAAAUCCCUAAGGACAUUUUAUAUAUGUGUGUUUGUUUGUUACAUACAUAUAUACACACGCACACAUACCCCACAGUGGGUACGGAAAGUAUUCAGACCCCCUUAAAUUUUUCGCUUUUUUUAUAUUGCAGCCAUUUGCUAAAAGGAUUUAAGUUCAUUUUUUUCCACAAUAAUGUACACACAGCACCCCAUAUUGACAGAAAAAAAACCUCAAAUAUCACACAGCCAUAAUUAUGCACGUAUACAACCCCAAUUCCAAUGAAGUUGGGACGUUGUGUUAAACAAAAACAGACUACAAUGAUUUGCAGAUCAUGUUAGACCUAUAUUUAAUUGAAUACUCUACAAAGACAAGAUGUUUAAUGUUCAAACUGAUCAACUUUAUUGUUUUUAGCAAAUAAUCAUUAACUUGGAAUUUUAUGGCUGCAACAUGUUCCAAAAAAGCUGGGACAGAGUCAUGUUUACCACUGUGUUACAUAAUCUUUUCUUUUAAAAACAUUCAAUAAACGUUUGGGAACUGAGGACACUAAUUGUUGAAGCUUUGUAGGUGGAAUUCUUUCCCAUUCUUACUUGAUGUACAGAUUCAGCUGUUCAACAGUCCGGGGUCUCCGUUGUCGUAUUUUACGCUUCAUAAUGCGCCACACAUUUUCAAUGGGAAACAGGUCUGGACUCCAGGCAGGCCAGUCUAGUACCCUCACUCUUCUGCUACGAAGCCAUGCUGAUGUAACACGUGCAGAAUGUGGUUUGGCAUUGUCUUGCUGAAAUAAGCAGGGACGUCCAUGAAAAAGACGUUGCUUGGCUAGCAGCAUAUGUUUCUCCAAAACCUGUAUGCAUUAAUGGUGCCUUCACAGAUGUGUAAGUUACCCAUGCCAUUGGCACUAACACAACCCCAUGCCAUCACAGAUGCUGGCUUUUGAACUUUGCGUCCAUAACAGUCCGGAUGGUUCUUUUCCUCUUUGGCCCGGAAGACACGACGUCCACAAUUACCAACAACAAUUUGAAAUGUGGACGCGUCGGACCACAGAACACUUUUCCACUUUGCAUCAGUCCAUCUUAGAUGAGCUCGGGACCAGAGAAGCCAACGGCGUUUCUGGGUGUUGUUGAUAAAUGGGUUUUGCUUUGCAUAGUAGAGUUUCAAGUUGCACUUACGGAUGUAGCGCUGAACUGUAUUUACUGACAUUGGUUUUCUAAAGUGUUCCUGAGCCCAUGUGGUGAUAUCCUUUACACAUUGAUGUCGGUUUUUGAUGCAGUGCCACCUGAGGGAUCGAAGGUCACGGGCAUUUGAUGUUGUUUCUCAGCCUUGCCGCUUACAUGCAGUGAUUUCUCCAGAUUCUCUGAACCUUUGAACCUUCUCUGAACCUUUUGAUGAUAUUAUGGACCGUAGAUGAUGAAAUCCCUAAAUUGUACGUUGAGGAACAUUGUUCUUAAACUGUUCGACUAUGUUCUCACGCACUUGUUCACAAAGAGGUGAACCUCGCCCCAUCUUUGCUUGUGAAUGACUGAGCAAUUCAGGGAAGCUCCUUUUAUUCCCAAUCGUGGCAUCCACCUGUUCCCAAUUAGCCUGUCCACCUGUGGGAUGCGUUCCAAACAGGUGUUUGAUGAGCAUUCCUCAACUUUCUCAGUCUUUUUUGCCAUCUGUCCCAGUUUUUUUGGAACGUGUUGCAGCCAUAAAAUUCUAAGUUAAUGAUUAUGUGUUAAAAACAAUCAAGUGUAUCUGUUUGAACAUUAAAUAUCUUGUUUUUGUAGUGUAUUCAAUUAAAUAUAGGUGAAAGAGGAUUUGCAAAACAUUGUAUUCUGUUUUUAUUUGUUUAACACAACGUCCCAACUUCAUUGGAAUUGGGGUUGUAGAUGGAUUGAUGAAAUUAUUAAGCACACCGGAAUACACUGGUAUCAAAUUGAUUUGAUACCAGUGUACCAAUACACUGGUAUCAAAUUCCAUAGUAGUUGGAAACGUGAAGAGGCCUUCAUCUUGCAGUGGACAGAAAAUCGUUGAUGAUGAUAUACAGUAUAUAUAUUUCAGACAAAUAGGUAUCCAUCCAUUUUCCAUACCACUUUAUCCUCACGCGGGUUACGGGCGUAAGGAUAAAAUAAAAACAACCAUUCGCGCACACAUUCACACCUAUGGGCAAUUUUAAUUUAAUUUUUUUUUACUUCUAGGAAUGUCUGCACAUUUAGCAUUUUGAAAUUGUUCAAUUGUUAGAACUGAAAAUGAAUGGUUCCUUCACAAUUGCCACUCAGAAAUCAAAAUGUUCAUAAUCAGUGGCCUAUAUAACGCUUGUUCAUGGAUUGUAUAUUUAAAACAAGAAAUAUAAAACAAAGUAAACAGAUUUUAUUAACAAGAUAUAUGCAUGGUUCAAUUAUGUCAUUCUAAGAACUUUGUCCAGUAUUCUAGCACUGGCUCGUGUCACUUCAAUCGUGAUCGGGCAGUGUCUGAUCUCACAUCUCGAUAACUAUUACUGUAAUUUCUCAUGUAUAAUGUGCAUUCCCCCCGAAAGAAAAUUGUCAAAAGUCAAUAGUGCGCAUUAUACAUAGGUAUAGGGGGAAAUGGUAAAACACUUUCCCAUUUUAUAAAUGUAUGCUGCCAUCUAGAGGUUAUGAAAAAGCUGUACGCUUUCAUUCCAAUAUGCCACCACAACCUAGAGCAGUGAUGGGCAAACUACGGCCUGCGGGCUACAUCCAGCCCGCCAAAGAUUGGUACAGAAUUGCCCAAAUCAUAUCAAAGUCAUGACUACAUUCAUUUGAUCUUGUCCUGUAAUGCAGAGUGGUUCCACCAGGUUAUCCUGUAAUGCCCAGUGGUUCCACCGGGUAGCGCAGUAGGUACAGUGAUACAUUGACUUCACUUUGGCUGUUCUGUUUUUACUCUGCUACUGCUUUGAACCAAGAGUGGGCCAAAGAAAAAAGUCGACAGUGAGUGCCGAGUGUUUAAUAUAGAAUGGACUACUAAAUACUUUUUCACUGAAGUGCUGUAUGUCAAAGGCUGUAUGACUAAUUUGUUAAGAAACCAUUGCGGUUUUAGAGGAAUAUAACAUCACCCCUCACUUUUCUACCAAGCAUGCUGAUUAUGCUAAAAUCAAGCUUGCAGGCUCAGCAAAACUCCUUUAUCUGACAAACUGCCAUCCAAGAUUCAGUCACAUAAUACCCUGAAACAGUGCCACGGGAACUGAUUGAUCUCCAAUGUGAUACUGUCUUAAAAGAGAAGUUCAACUCUCAAACUGGAUGAGUUUUAUGCUUCAUUAAGCACAGAUAAAUUUCCAAAAAUCCAGAUGAUGGCACAGAGGACGCUGGUGGUGUUUGGCAUUACAUAUGUGUGUGAACAAACUUUUAGUGUGAUGAACACCAACAAAACAUCCUACAGAUCCCAGCUGCGUGAUGAACACCUCAGAUGUGUUCUGAGAAUUGCCACAACAAAACUAACACCAGACUUUGAUGCACUGUCAAAAAAAAGGUGAUCAAGAAAACAACACUUCCCAUUAAAAGUAAAUUACGUAUUAAUCAGAAUCAUCUUUAUUUGCCAUGUCCAAAAAACACACAAGGAAUUUGUCUCCGGUAGUUGGAGCCGCUCAAGUACGACAACAGACAGUCAAUUGACAAAGAACACUUUUGAGACAUAAAGACAUUGACAAAAAAAAAAAAAAAAAAAAAAAACAGUCACUGAGCAGGAAAGGGUUGCUAGUUAUCUGGUAAUGCCGGUACAUUAUUAUUAUUUUUUUGACAAUUGUGCAAGAGGAUGCAGAGUCCUCUAGCACUUAGAGCAGUUCGAAUGACUAAUAUAGCAAUAACAAUAUAGCAAUGAACAUUGUGCAAAGGGCGUCGAGAGAGAAGAGCAGCGGAGAGAGGACACAACAUUGGGGCGCCCCAGUGCUGAUGCUGCGUGUGGAUGAGGUGGCCUCCUCCAGCCAGACCUGCUGUGUCCUGCCCGUCAGAAAGCUGUAAAUCCACUGGCAGAUGGAAGGUGAGACGCUGAGCUGGAGAAGCUUGGAGGAAAGGAGUUCAGGGAUUAUGGUGUUGAACGCUGAGGUGAAGUCCACGAACAGGAUCCUCGCAUAGGUCCCUGCACU